AUGCAGACUCGGUCCCUCCCUACUCCUACUCCUGCCAUGGGCUCACAGCCGCCGAACGUCACCUUCUCAGACUUCCCCGCACCCAGCAAAUCAGUCAACAGCACCGUCGCCGGCAUCCCUACCCAGAUCACCGCUCUAAACUUCUCCGACAAGCUCGUCCUCACAAUCUCUCAAUCCGGCCGCUUGAAUCACUGGCUACACGUCCCUCUCUCCGGCGGUCGUCCACUAGACAAUGGCUUCCUGAACCCUUCCUCCGAGACCGAUGUGGAUGCAAGUCUGCUUCCGUUUGCGCAUUUGACAGCAACGACAGUGUUGGGUGGAACAAGAGGAGAGUUUGAAGUUUUGGGGCAAACUUUGGCCACGACGAUUGCGACGGCGCUGUUGAUGAGGAAUCCAGAGGAGCAGAGGAUGCUAGUGCUGGGCUUGGGGUUGGAAAAGGCGGACUAUGGCAGAGAGACGUUUGAUGAGUUGAUCGGUGCCUGCUUGGAGUGCCUCUGA